AUGAGAGCGUCUUCUAUUCUCAUAUCUAUCGUUUUAUUCACUGAUUGGUCGCUUCUACCAUUUUUCACCGGUAGGAGUGUGAUAAGGAUGGCUCUAGGUUCAACACCCUUAAGCAGGAUUUGUGAGGGUUACUGUGUUACUAGGAGUGGGGCAAUAGUGGAGGAUGACAUCAUGGAGCCGAUUCAGCAGGUGGAGCGGGGGGACAUCCUUAAGCUUGCCUUCAUGAUCUAUCAGAGGCGUAGCUAUGCGGAGCCUGACCAGCUGGAUCUGACUCUACAUGAAUUGAUGUAG